AUGACGUCGUCUGAACAGUGUUUGACCAAGAAGUACGAGAAAUGGAACAACUUUCAGGAUGAUUCAGAUUCUGAUAAUGAAGAACUUCCUCGUGUACCCACUCAAUUUGACGUUGAAGGCGACGUGGAUAUUGUUAUUAGCACAAAGAUGAUGCUGACAUCAAAUCAGGUAGAGCGCUACCGGAAGCUGGAGAAAAAGCAGCUCGAGGUGUGGCAGGUGGUGGUACGACAACUCCGAGUCUGGUCGGCGUCUAGCACUGGAGCUGACGAAGGAAAAGACGCUGUACCAUGCCGUCCUUAUUGCGUACUGGUGAACAACUUGUACCCUCUGGGCCAAGUGGUAUUCAAGAAAAUUUGCGAUCCGCCUGAGGUGUACCCAUCACCUGAGACAGUGUUGGAGCUAACGUUGCACGCGAUGCUGGACCCACCGAAAAAUAUGCCCCAGCGUCGUCCGGAUAAGAUUGUUUUUCCCGAUAAACACUUUGUUGGGCAGCUUCGAAAGAGUUACUCGAGUUUAGGAAUUGAGUGCUCGUAUCUGUCCGAAUCAGAUGGAAUUGACGCGUACAUUCAAGAACUAUCACAGCAUUUGAUUCGGAAAGAUCUUGCAUCAGUAGCUGAAGUGAGUGAGCGUUCAGGACUGAUGUCGGGUGCUGGUGUCACUCCUGAAGCACUGUGUGACUUUUACUCGGCAUGCGAGCAUUACGCGAAGCUGGAGCCAUGGAAUCACCUUGCUGAGCGUCAGGCCAUUCAGAUUGAUGCUGUAGGUGAUGAGGAAAUACGGCUGGAUGCACGCCACCAUGUCGGCAGAGGUACUGUAUUCUCGUCUGUCAUCAGCACGCACACGGGCAGUGGGCCAAACGGUGAGGGUGGUGAUCACAUUCGUGGCAUGGCGUUAUUCUACACGCGAGCGGACUUGGAACGUCGAGUGCUUCCGCCUGAUGAGCAGCUUGCCCUCAUGGAAAAUCCGGAGCUGCGCCGAUGCGCCAAGUGCGACAAACGCGCUGCUCCUGGUAAGGAGCUUAAGCGCUGCACGCGUUGUAAAUGCACCUUCUACUGCGAUGCACAGUGCCAGCGUGGUCAUUGGAAAGACCACAAGGUCAGUUGUGCUCCGCUUGGAAGCAUCACAAACGGUGCUGGGGAGCAUAAUAUCGUGUGGGGCGCAAAGGAGAUGUCAAUCCUUUACGGCUCUCAGACUUCUUUGCCGUUUGAUGACUUGGACAUCAUCGCGAAACAUUCGCUCCCAAUUGCUAAGGUUAAUAGCGAUACAAUGUACCCUUCUGCUGUGGUGUUCCGCAAGGGUGAUCCAGGCGUGCCCGAUGUGACCGAGUUGGCUUGGUUGACUCGAGCAUUAAACGCACAGAUUGAGGUCAUUAGUAACCAGCCGCAUUUUAUGCAGGACACAAUGGGUGAAUUACUGGGGCUGGGUGAGCACGACGGAGAACAACGUAAGCUGAAGCUAAGCUGUAAGACAUUUGGCUUCAAUGACCAGCUUGUCAUUCGCAACAGCACUGUGCUCACUAUGCAAGAUGUGGAGCGGUUGCGCAACGUAGUGAAGAAGCAGCAGAAAGGUACGCAGAAGGCUGAUGCCGAUGAAAAGGAAGGCGACGCGAAUGUGAGUGAUGAGAAUACAAAGGAUUGUAAAACUGAGAGUGACCAUGACGAUGAUGGCGCUGAUUUGGAAGACGGAAAGAAAAAAUGCGCUGUCAUGUAA